AGAAAAAAUGGUCACUACUUGGGUAAGAAUUCCAAGUGUCAUCGUUUAAACUCUGAUUGUAGCGAAACAUUAUUUACAAUUCGAACACAAAUUAUUAACGCCGCUCUCGUAAAACAUAUCGCCUCGCUCCGCUUCACAUCUUCUUAUUUCCCGAGAGACAUUAAAAAAUACGGAAAGUCUAAUUUAUUACCUUCACACUAA